CGCAGCCUCGCCCGACCGCGACUACAAUCACGCUCUGUUCGUGUUCACUCGAGGGCCGUGCUGGAAAUCUACGUGUUGUUCAGAAACACACGCGUUUCCUACCGCCAGCCGGAGUGAAUCGCAAAUCGCAGCGACGAUUAAAGUUUGACGAACCGGUGCGACGGUCCACGAGGAAGUCGCGUCCGCGAUAAGAAUCGGUUAUCCAGUGAAGUUUCUGAUUGUGCGAGAGAACCCGUCCAUAGAAGGAUUAACCAUGCAGAUGCACGAGCAACUCAUCAUGGUCGAUGGACAGGAACAACCAAUCUCCAGGACGUACCAGUAUCGCAAGGUGAUGAAGCCGAUGCUGGAGCGCAAACGCCGUGCGCGCAUCAACCGUUGCCUGGAUGAGCUUAAGGAUCUGAUGGUGACGGCGCUGGCCGGUGACGGCGAGAAUGUGGCAAAGUUGGAGAAGGCGGACAUCCUGGAGCUGACGGUGCGUCACCUGCACAAGCUCCAGCGACAGCAGCGUCUCUCGGCGAACCCAGUGAUCGAUGCUGAUCGCUUUCGCGCCGGUUACACGCACUGCGCGAAUGAAGUCAGCCGCUGCCUGGCCGCUACUCCCGGCGUUGACGUCGCUCUUGGCACCAAGCUGAUGACACAUCUCGGUCACAAAUUGAAUUCCAUGGACAAGACCGGCCCGCUCACCAUCCACGUGGCUGCGCCGCAAACUUCACCAUCCUCUUCCACCGAACUUAGCUCCGACGAGUACCCGAUGCCGCUGACACCCGCGUCCAGCCAACCAUCUCCGGUGCGAACCGACAUUGACGCUGUCUCUCGAAGAUCCCCUGCGAGCCACCAAGGUCUCUUACAGGUGGCCAAACCUAGCGAACCCGUCUGGCGACCCUGGUAAACUCGGCAUGCUUAACUAACGUGUCGGAAACGGCGAAACGGAGGUUCCUCGGACACAAAGAGGAAUUAGACCGACGCCGGUGUUGCAAUUUCGUCUGUGAUCUAAACGGAACAGAAUACCGCGAUUGCAAUGGAACAACACGCAGGACAAGAGAAGAUUGCCUGCGUGCGCGCGUAUAUGUACGCGGAUGAAAAUCACCUAGACCUAAAAAGUUUCCAUUUGCUCAAAGACAUUCGGAGAGAGAGAGAGAGAAGGAGAGUGAUGAAGCACCGACGCGGACACCACAUUCACACCACCGUGUCUCGACCCUUCGCACUAUCGCAUCUUCAGUAACGUCCCGCAAGUCGGAAAGCGCACCGGGGAUCUCGAUACGUAGACUUUUCCUCGCGGCCGCGCGCGGCUGAAGCUUUAAUUUACUCGACAGUUAGAUGUUUUCUAUUGUUUAUUUCAUAUACUUUUAUCGAGGAUGUUUUCUUUUUAUUGUCUCGCCGAUAUAUAAGACGUUGUUUUGUAUAUGAGUCUCUCUACCGGUCAAAAAGAUGAUGACAACGGUUGAUCUCUAAUGAGAGAAAGGCGCGACGCAAAUGUAUGUAAAAAUGACCGAGCGGAGCAGAUCUUGUGAUAGAGAAACGUGUACCUGUGAUAUUUACUGUAGUAGAUGUAGAGAAUGAUACUAGAUUUUUAAUAAACAUGUUUCGUAUCAUCAGA